GGGGAGGGGGCCGGGGCCACUGCUGUGGUUGCUCUCUGGAAGAUGGGGACAGGCACCGUGUCCCCAAGCAGCCCCGUGUCCCCAGGUGCCUUGGGGCAGCCCCAAACUCGCCCUGCAAAGGGCUGAAUGGGGCAGGAGAACGAGACCCCUAGAGAUGCCCCAUCCCUCGAAGUGUGGGGAGACAUCCUGGCUGAGUGGCAGGAUACAGGAUACAACCCAGCAGCAGGACCUGGCCCAGGACGACCUCAGGCACCUGCCUGCUGCUGUAAUUGGUGGCACUGGUGGCCAUGUGGCAUGUCCCCUGCCUGGAGGCUGGGUAAGGAGGAGGGAAUGAUCCACCUGCACCGCUGGAAAGGUUGGUGCAGUGGUCGCAGCCUGAACCGAGUGAUGGGGAUCAGGGACCUUCCCCUGCUUCCCACCGACCUGGGCUAAUUGGGUCAGGAAAGCACAGCUCUGAGACCCCCCAGGCUGGGCACAGGGGUGUACAGGAGAUGGUGGACACUGUGACAAGAUGCCAGACCAGGCACAGCCCCAGGGCCCCCCUGGCUCCCUCUCCCACAAUUCCUCCAGGGCACAGCUCAGAGCAAGAGUGAGGAGGGUAAAAACAGUGCAACCACUCACCCCACUCCUGGCCCCAGUUCCAUCCCCAGCAGGGAGAGGCCGUGCACAACCACCUCAGGCAGAGGCACCUCCAAAAUACCCAGGGCUGGGGGUCACACAGCCACUCACUCCCACGGCAAGAGACCUUCCUGGCUCCUCCAGGUUCCUUUGAGGCAGCACAACCUUCACCUGCCUCCAGUCCCCUCCACAGCCCACGGGCAUGGGGCUCUGGGGGCUCGCUGGGAUGCCCCAUUCCGGGACUGGCUCUGCCCCUAGAGGAGGGGAACGCCUGUAGCCAAGACUUCAGGGACUCGCUCACCGCUUCCCGGCGGCUCCCUCCUCCCUCCGCUCCUUCCUCUCCAUCACCCCAUCCGCCAGCGCUCAUCACCAUCGGGGGGGGAAGAGGCUGCACUCGGGGCCGGGAGCAGCUGAGGGGUCACCCCCCGGCUGUCCAGGAGCCCCCCGAGCCCCCGGGGAGCAGCGGGGGGAGGACGGGGGCUCUGGCCACCGCCUCUGCCCUCAGCCCAGCACCUCUUCCCCGAGCUCCACCUCACCAUCAUGCUUUUUUCCUCUUGUUUCUUCUCUUGCAGGUUUCACAUGGGGAACCUUCUAAAAGUGUUGACUUAUAACGAACUUGACCAAGGCCCUAAUUUUUUCCUUGACUUUGAAAAUGCGCAGCCGACGGAGGCCGAGACGGCGGUGUGGAACCAGGUGAACGCGGUGCUGGAGGAGGCACAGACCAUCCUGGCCGAGCUGCAGUCCUACACGGGCGCCGGGCAGGAGAUCCGAGAGGCCAUCCAAAACCCCGGGGACCUGCGGCUGCAGGAGCGGGCCUGGAGCGCCGUCUGCCCCCUCGUUGCUAAGCUGAAACGCUUCUAUGAGUUCUCCCUGCGGCUGGAGAACGCCCUGCGGAGCCUUCUGGAGGCCCUCACCAGCCCCCCGUACGCCCCGACCCAGCACCUCGAGCGGGAGCAAGCCCUGGCCAAGCAGUUUGCUGAGAUCCUCCACUUCACCCUCAGCUUCGAUGAGCUCAAGAUGACCAACCCUGCCAUCCAGAACGACUUCAGCUACUACAGACGGACCAUCAGCCGGAAUCGCAUCAACAACCUGCAGCUGGACGCAGAGAGCGAGGUGAACAACGAGAUGGCCAACAGGAUGUCCCUCUUCUAUGCUGAGGCCACUCCCAUGCUCAAAACACUCAGCAAUGCCACCACCAAGUUCGUUUCGGAGAACAAGACCCUCCCGAUCGAGGACACGACUGACUGCCUGAGCACCAUGGCCUGUGUCUGCAGGGUGAUGCUGGAGACCCCGGAAUACCGGAGCCGCUUCACCAACACCGAGACCCUCCUGUUCUGCAUGCGGGUGAUGGUCGGCGUCAUCAUCCUCUAUGACCACGUCCACCCCGUGGGGGCCUUCGCCAAGACCUCCAAGAUCGAUAUGAAAGGCUGCAUCAAAGUCUUGAAAGACCAACCCUCAACCAGCACCGAGGGGCUCCUGAAUGCUCUGAGGUACACCACUCGGCACCUCAACGAUGACACCACGUCCAAACAGAUCCGGGCCCUGCUGCAGUGAGCGCGGGGCGGCCGCCGCAGCCACAACGUCACCGUGUCACCGACGCCCAUGACCAUACUGCUCAUUUUGUACAGAGGGAAAAGGGACAAUAAGGAAUACACAGGAAUACUGACAGAACAUCAAAACGGCCCGAGGCCACCC